AUGGAGAAGCAGGAUUGCAUUAGACCCUCAUCACCUGUAGUUGCUCAUGAAGUGGUAACUCCAAUCCAAAUUGAUGUUGGUGAGGGUGAUUUAGGGUUAGCAUUAACCUUAUACAAAUCAGCAACACCUGAAUUUAGUAGGUCUAAAGGUUGGAAACAUAGUAAAGGGGCAUCGUCUUGUAGUAGAAUGCUUAAAUUGGAUUGGGAAGGUGCUGAAAAAACAAUGGCAAGUGGUGAAGUUGAUAAGGGUAAGGGUGUAGAAGGAUUUGUAGAUGAAUUUGUUGUAGUUGAUGCAGAAAAAGAGUUAAACAAAGAGAUUGAUGUGAAUGAAGAACUUGAUGUGAACAAAUCCAAUGGUGAGGGUGUAGAAGGAUUUGCAGAUGAGGGGUAUAGAGUUGUCAUGGAUAAUGAUCCUCAAGGAGUCAAUGAAUUUUCAACUAACAUCAACAUAGAUGAUGAGUUAAUGACAAACUUUCAACCUUUUGAAGGGUUUGAAGACGAAGAUAGCAUCCCAUUUAAUGGGUUUGAAGGCCAAGAUAAUAUUCCUUUCAAUGAUGAGUGCAGACAAGAGGAGCCUGAUGACAUUGAGUUUGAGAAUCAAAACAGUGAAGAUGAAGAUAGUGACUUUAUGAUUGAUGAGGACAACAUAAUUGAAGAUGUUGACGUUGACAUGGAGGAUUUCAAUCUAAAUAUUGAUAUAGAAGCAGAGUUCAAUGGAUGUCAAAGAAUGGGUGGUCAAAGAAAUGAAGAUAGUGUUGAAGAAGAUGAUUUGGAGGUAAUUGACAAUGACGAGUGGGAUUCACUAAGUGAUGACUCAGGGGACAACAGGAAAAGAAGAGAAAUGAUCAAAGAGCUGGGGAAACAAACCUUAUGUUCUGCUGGUGAGGUGCACAAGGUAGCUUUUCAUAUUGGGCAGAAAUAUAAAGCCAAGAAAGAAUUGAAAGAUAAAAUUGACCUGCAUGCUUUAGAGACAAGGAGGAAUAUCUCAUUCACAAAAAACGACAAGAGUAGAUUAACAGCUGUUUGUGAUGGAACUGUAGUUUUAAAUGCAAGUGGGGUAGGUGGACCUACCUCUGGGAAAAAGUGUCUUGCAGAAGAUCUUGACUUGUAUUCAAAUUCCAACUUCACCUUUAUCAGUGAUAGACAGAAGGGUCUUCUACCAGCCAUAGAACAAUUGUUCCCUAAUGCAGAACACAGGAAGUUUUUGACUGUUACAUGUAGUAAGUGUAAGCAAAAGGGUCACAAUGCCAGGACCUGCAAGGCCAAAGAUGGGAAUUGA